AUGGAAGUUCCGCUCCAAAUUUGUCGGAAAAACGAGACAGCUAUAGAUACCACUGAUGUUUUCACAACUUCACAGAGAUUUGUCACACGGGAAGAAGUUAUCCGCUGGGUUAAAGAGACCGGAAUCAACAAUAAAGUGACUGUUAUCAUAGCGCGUUCAGACACUGAAACAGGCAAAAGAGGAAGAAGUAACAAAGUUAUAUUUGCGUGCGAUAAAGGUGGAAAAUAUAAGGAUAAAAGUGAGACUCAAAGUGCUACUAAGAGAUGUGGAUGUCCAUUCAAAAUCAGAUCGACUCCGGCAAAAGAUGGGUCUGGAUGGAAGGUUGAUGUAAAAUGUGGAGUUCAUAAUCAUGGUUUACCAGAUAGAUUAGAAGGCCAUUCAUUUGUUGGUAGGUUGACAACAGAUGAGAAGCAGCAUGUUGCUGAUUUGACAAAGAGACAUGUUCCGCCUAGACACAUAUUGACUUCCUUGCAAGAGCGAGAUCCUGAGAACGUCACUCGGAUCACGCAAAUAUACAAGCAUAAAAGUGUGAUUGAAGCGGAGAUAAGAGGUCCAAGAAGUGAGAUACAACAUUUGCUUAAGCUUAUAGAGGAGGCGAACUAUGUUUAUUGGAGUAGGAAACGGGAUGAUUGUGAAGUUGUGAGAGAUAUUUUUUGGGCACAUCCAGAUUCGGUAAAGUUGCUGAAUCUUUUUCCUACUGUCUUGAUUAUGGACGCCACUUAUAAGACCAACAAAUAUAGACAACCUCUGUUUGAAAUAGUUGGUAUGACAUCGACCGAGUUGACAUUUGCGGUUGCAUUUGCUUAUAUGGAGUGUGAGCAGACAGAGAGUUAUAUUUGGGUCUUGGAUAAGCUGAAGCAAUUGUUUGUGAAGAAAGAUGUGGUUCCACAAGUGAUUUUGACGGAUAGAGAUCUUGCUUUGAUGAAAGCAGUUGAAGUUGUUUUUCCUACGACGCAUAACUUGCUAUGUCGCUUUCAUAUUAACCAAAAUGUUGGGAUGAAAUGCAAGGAAUAUGUGAUGAAAGACAUGCGAGAGACGAUAGGCACAUUGUGGAAAGAUGUUGUAUGGGCUAGUAAUGAGGUUGAGUAUGGUGUACGGUUGCAAUAUCUUGAACAAGCAUGCUUUGCUUGUACUAACUUCCUCGAUUACGAGAAGAACACUUGGUUGAUCCCACAUAGGCAAAGAUUUGUAGGCGCAUGGAUUAAUCGAGUGCUUCAUUUUGGGUUGAAUCUGCACAUUGGAAGCUAA